AUGGAGAAUCAAGUGAAGAGUAAACGAGGCGGAAGCAAAUUUAUUCACGAUGGCUUUGCCUAUGUAUUUGACAAAGCUAGUAAAGCAGAUAAUACAUUGAAAUUUUACCGCUGCGAACAGAAAGACCGAUGUAAGGCACGAAUUCAUGUUCAGAACAACGCUGUGAUCAAGUUCUUAAAUGAUCAUUCGCAUGAGCCCACUCCUGCCAAAAUUGAAGUCGAUGCUGCCAAGACGAAAAUAAAGCAGUUGUCCGAAAGUAGCCGAGAGCCAACUGUUCAAGUUAUUAACCAAUGCAUUGAUAACUUAUCUCAAGCAGCCCAAGCAUCAAUGCCAGACCAGUGUGCUUUAAGGAAAAUCGUGAGAAGAAAACGUCACGAAGUUCUUGCUCCACCUCCAGCUCCAGCGUCAGCGGUUGAUCUUGUUCUACCAGAGCGUUACACCACCAUUGAUGCCCAUGGAGAGAAUGAACAAUUCUUGCUCGCUGACAAUGGUCCUAGAGAGGAUAGAAUUUUGAUUUUUGGACGUCGCAGCAAUCUGAGGUACUUGCAACAAGCCGAGAACCUGUACGUGGAUGGAACAUUCAAGUCUGCCCCACCGCUUUUUGCUCAGGUAUAUAUUAUAUUGGCAAGUGUUUAUGGUGGUGUCAUCCCAAUUUUGUAUGGCUUGCUGCCUAACAAGAGACGGCAAACAUAUGGUGAAUUCUUUAGGAUGGUAAAAGAUGUAGCUCCUGACUUCAAACCCAUGAGAAUAUUCUGCGACUUCGAAAUAGCCGCCAUCUUAGCUAUUCAAGAACAGCUUGCAGAAAGUGCCAUAUCCGGAUGUUUCUUUCAUCUAUCGCAGAAUCUCCAGAGGCACAUGGCACAGUUGGGUUUGAGAUCACAGUAUAACAACGAAGCCGACUUUGCCGUUCAUGUUAAAAUGAUUUUAAGUUUGGCAUUCGUCCCAAUUGACCGAAUUGACGAUGCACUGGAUCAUCUUUAUGCAACACUGCCUUUAGAAAUCCAGGAACUUUUAAACCAUUUCGAAGAUAACUACGUUGGAAGACCCAACAGGAGAGGAGGUGGAAGGCGUCAACCAUUGUUUCCACCAGAAAUAUGGAAUCUGUACCAAAGAGUUCGGGAUGGUGUUGACAGAACAAAUAACCAUGCAGAGGCGGCCAACAGAAGGAUACAAAAUGAAUUGGGCAUGGACCAUCCAACGAUAUGGAAGUUCAUUGAUGCCCUAAAGAAAAUUCAAGCCGGACGGGAUGUUUUCCUUGAACGGCUGAUUGCUGGAAACGAACCUCCAAGCAAGUUAAAGAAAUAUAUUCAGGCAGACCAACGAAUUGAAAGUCUAGUGUUAGACUACGAAAAUAGAAACCUAAAUGAUUUUUUGAGGGGUAUCGCCUAUAAUUUUGAAAUGCGGCAAAAUUAA